AAUCAUAAAAUAAAUAAUUUUAAAUAUUCGUUUUUUAUUUAUUUAGGAAUAGACUAGUAUAAUAUUUAAAAUGUGUAGUACAUUAAGUCAUGUUUUUGUGUAUCAAACCAAAUUUUUGAAGCAUUCAUAUUUAAAUUAAAAAAUAUAUCACAUUGAGCAUCUAACAUGAAUGAAAGUCAUAUUAAAAUGAACGUUACGCCAUGUGAUCUGGUUACUGGAGCGCAUAUUACUCACAUAUACAUAAAUCAAACUACAGAUAAUUUAAAUGAAAAAUCAUUAGAUGCUAAAUUACUCGUCAAUGUGCCUGUUGAAUUUAAUACAUCUAACUCUACAUUAGCGUCGAAAAAGUCCACAUCGCUAUAUUCUAGCAGUGUUAAUAGUGCGGAUAGUAGGGAUGCGGUGGUGAAUAUCUUAAAUAACGUUACUCCAUAUGAAUAUUCUAAAGUCGUUAACUCGUCGUCUAAGUUGAUAUUUGAUAAUGACGGAUCAUAUUCUUGUCACACAUGUGUUAAUGAUAAUACUGCACUGAAUUCAGUAUGCGAAAAUUUAAAUACUGAUGCAAUUCGUCCAGUAUGCAACGCUGAAACAAAUUAUACUUAUUUUUCAUCAGAGGACGACGAAAGUUAUUGUGCAUAUUCUAUUGCUGAUAUCAGUGAUAUCGAUGAGCUAUCAGAUAAUAUUUUGAACGAUCGUCAAUCUAGUCCUCUUAGGGAACAAACAAAGGUACGAAUUAAUGGUUCUAGUCAUGACUAUAAUUCCAAUUGUGAUUCUGAAGCAGAUGGAAUUGUAGCGUUUUUGGAUAAGCGUAAUGAUGAAGCUGAAGCUCGUUUGGCUGCAAGACGUCAAGCCCGUGCUGAAGCUAGAGAAAUUCGUAUGCGAGAAAUUGAACGACAACAAAAAGAAGCUGAGGAAAAUGCAGACAAAGCUUUUGAUAUGCAUACUGCUGAUGGAUCUAUUAUAAAUCGAGUAUCACGAGUAGCUGCAAGUACUGCCAGCCCUAGAGCAGCCAGUUCAAUACACAAUACUAACAGUUACCAAUCUAGUCGACGUAAUUCGGUUGAUUCUCUUGAUGAAUCUACUCCUAAUUUUCGAGAUUUUAGGAUGGAAUUAAAAGACUUAGAGGAAAAGUUCCGUAAAGCUAUGGUACAAAAUGCUCAACUUGACAAUGAAAAAGCAGCUGUGACAUAUAUGGUAGAAUUGUACAAAGACAAGUACACUGAUAUCGAAGAAGAACUUAUGCAUAUAAAACGAGAACAUAAAGAGAGUUGUAGAGAAAAUGAAAAAUUAAAGCGUUUAUUGGCCGCUCAAAAACUAGAAUCUGUAACACUUCAACAAGAACUAGAAGAACGUGAUAAACUCAUUGAGGAAAAAGGUUUAGUAAUUAUCAGCACAGAACAAGAAAGUUGGAAUGAGAAUGAUCAAUGUAAUAGUAAAAUAAAACGUGCCUUAGUCUCUGUUGAAAAUGCUCAAUUGUUACAAGAUGCAGGAGAAGGUUGUUUAGAUGUACGACUCAAAAAGUUUACUGAGGAGCGCAACAACUAUAUAGACGAAAUUAAUAGGCUCAAAUUAGAGUUGCAAGAGGCCAAACGUCAUAGUGAUAACCAUUAUAAUGGUACAGACUCAGACGAUUUGGAAGAUGCCCAAAAAGAAACUAAUAAAGUUCUUAGUGAUUAUAAAUUCAAGUGGCAAAAGGCUGAACAAGAUAUUUCUACGUUACAAGCUAAUGUAGCUAGACUUGAAAGUCAAGUAAUUAGAUAUAAAACAGCUUCUGAAGCAUCUGAGAAAGCUGAAGAUGAACUGAAAUUGGAAAAACGAAAACUACAGCGCGAGCUCCGAGAAGCUCAAGCAAAAGUUGAAGAAUUGGAGACAUCCAAUAUGCAUUUAUUAAAACGCUUUGACAAGUUAAAGAAUGCCAAAUCCAGUUUACUAAAAGAUUUAUAAUAAACUAUCUUAUUCCCUAUCGAACAAAACUAAAAAUGCGAUAUUUUGUGCAAUAAAAUCUAUAUUCAUCAUCAGUGUCAUAUCAGACAAUUGAUAAUGGGAAGAUGUGCAAAACUGGACAAGAAACAUAAAAUAAUUAAAAACAUAAUUUAGUUUAUAAUUUUUAAAUAAUUUAAUUGAUAUUAAUAAAUAUUUAA